AUGUCACCUAAUGAUGAUGCUAAUGUUAUAUGGCAAACGAAUAUAGAAAAUUCAACACAAAGCUCUUUAACUAAUGGAAACCUAGACAAGGAUUUACGUUUAAUAUUGACUAGUCUUGCCGAAGCCUACAAUGCUACAUCCCAUUGGACAGUUCGUCAACAAAUUCUUUCGAUCAUGGCAAAUGAUGUUACUUUUUCAACAAUUCUUAUGUUUAUUUCGAAUUUAACUGAAUAUCGUUACUAUAGAGCUCGUCAAUAUGCCAAAUCUAUAGGAAAAGGUGAUGUUGUCGACGAUAACAGAACUCCAACGAUUCGAUAUGAAGAUUAUCAAUUAGAGCAUUUUAUUGAAUUCAUUGUUUCUCCACAUAUUUGUACUGAUUUACCUUUUGGACAAAAGGAACUUCAUCUUUCAACCGGUGAGACUCUUCUUAUUCCACUGACAAUCCGCAAUCUAGCACCACAACGUAUCAUUACUCAAUAUUAUAAUUACUGCAAAGAAUAUUAUGGUAAUGCAUUUCGUCCAUUAGGCCAAAGUUCGCUUUUUUCAAUAUUAAAUGAAUGUACAGCAUCAACUCGUCGUUCCUUACAAGGAUUAGAUAGUUUUUCGGGCGAAGGAUCAACAGCAUUCGGCUUGACAGCAAACAGUGCAGCUGAAUUAAAACGAGAUCUUCAAGACAGUCGAAAUUAUUUGAAGUCCGAUUACAAAGUUCAUAUUUCACGCAGCAGUCCAGUUCCAGAUCGUUGCUCCGUCUAUGCUCUAAGCGAUACUGCUGAUAAAUGCUGGUAUCAAGCUUGUGAUCAUAAUCAUGAUCAACAAUGUGAUCGAUGUGAAUUGCUCAAAAUUACUCUGGCUAAAAUUCGAAAAUAUAUCGAAGAAUAUCAAUCGGAUGUCGUAAUACGUGAUCGUUUACUUUAUCGUGUACAACAACAAAUUCGAUAAACAACGAAAGGAGUAGAAUUCUAUGCAAGUGAAGUUCAAAAUAUACAUAAUGAAAAAAUCGAAUGGAAAGGCGUGAAACAAAUCAAUAACAUUGAAUACAUACAACAUCAAACAACAUCAUCUACAAAAACAUCAACUGAAAACAAUGUAAAAAUCAAUCAUUUGAACGAAUUUUUUUCAACAAAUGUUUCAGUACCAUGGGUUAAUGAUUAUUACGAAAAAGCUGAUAAAGACCGUCCAAAUGAUAUAUAUUCGGGUGAUAGCAGUAGUAGCGAAGAAUUAAGUGAAGACGAGUCAAAUGUGAAGAAUACAUCGGAAGAUCAUUAUUAUUCAUUUGAUUGUCAAGUUAAUGGUUGUGUUGCACGUUACCGUCACUAUGCUAACCUUCUUCGGCAUUAUGGGACUGGAAAACAUAAGAUGAAACUUGAAAAGCAUUCUCUGAUUGACAAAAGUAAAAUUCUUUUUCAUCAAAGUUUAACAACAAAUCAUCUUCGUUCAACUCCCUUGUUAUCAAUUACUGUUGUUUCACCUGUCAACAGCUCGAUAAUUCCACCACUUACUCAACACUGGGCUUCUCAGAAAAACAAGCCGAACGUACGUUUUAACGACAAACAAAAACAAUUUCUUCAACAAAAAUUCUACGAAGGUGUUGAAACUGGAAUGAAAUGGGACCCAGCACGAUUUGCUGAAGAUAUGGAAAUGUUGACCAGUAAUAGCAGUUACGUAUUUAACAACAAUGAAUGUUUAACACAAGCACAAAUAGAAAGUUAUUUUUCCCGUUUGGCCGUAAAACAACGAACAAUGCAGCAAGUACCUGAUCAACAAACAAUAUCAAAUUCAAUAUCAUCUUCAUCAACAUCUCUUAGUACAAUUAAUACUAGUGAUGUCAAAUCCAUGGAUACAAUCAGUAUGGAUGAAUUAAAUCACAGCGAAGAAACAGAUGAUCGUGAUUUGGAAGUAUACUCAUGGCGUCAAAUGCUUGAUGAAGCACGAAAUAUUCUUGAAAAUUCAUCAAUUUCUUCUGCUACAUGA